AUGCUGCCUUGGUCAUAUCCUCUCCAUGGGCUUCUGAUCUUCCUUUUUGUUUUGAUCUUACCGUGUGAAGGUGCUUUUGUACGGCGUGUCCCGUGUGAGACAUCAGUCUUGAAUCGUUCGUUGGACGUCAAUCUCCACAUUGACAGUCUACACGGUAGCAUUCAUACGUCCGAAAAGGCAAGGACAUUGUCGUUAACCCUGCUGGGUUUCUACAAUGGAUCACAAGUUACCUGUACCGACGUUCAAUUGACAGAGGAGAAUGACUUGCGCUUCCGAGUGCUCGGCUACCCUGUUGGCCAUCUAGAUCGGAUUCAAAAGCAGUGUUAUUCCCCUCCAGCUCUUUGGAGGCUGCCGGAGUCACUACAAGCCUCCCAAUGGGAAUUGACUUACUCCCUUGCAUAUGGCCAUCCACUUCAUACUCUUGCCGGGGAAUUUGAAUUUAGUCUGCCUGAUGGCACUAAUAUUGGCUGUGCGGCUGCCCGCAUCACUCCCGACAUUGGGACUACUGCCUCGGCAGCCUUUACCUAUCUUCCAGCCGCCAUCAUCCUCCUGGUGGGCAUAGCUUCGUGGUGCAGACACACUCAGCAGAGAAGACGCUCAGUGCCCGAGCACGGAACCACAACCGCACCUCAGGAUUCAAUAAGAAAGAUUGUAGUCGAUGUGGCCGACUACGUGCGGUACCUUCAGUUCAUCUUCCUGGCUGGUUCCCUCACGACGGAAUAUCCGGGUUUCUACCAGCCUAUCGUCAGCCAACUGGCGUGGACAUCGCUGUUAUUUUGGAGCGGACCCAUCGACCACGGCUUCACGUAUCCCGGGAUAGAAGACGGAAUUUAUGCGACCAACGGUACCUGUGGACUGGAGUACAUGGCACAGAAUCUCGGAUUUCCCUCCAUGUUGGAUAUCAUGUUCGACGCUCUGAUAAAUCUGUGCAUUAUCGUAUCUGCGAUCGUGAUCAUAGUGCUGGUGGUAUGGCUGAUCGAGUGUGGGUCGCGGCAUGGCGUAACGUUCGACUCUGCCCUUGCGCAAAUACCAGAAGCAAGCCGUAGCAUCGUGGGCGCCACGCUUCUGUUCUUCAGCCUCCCUCUCUUGGCGUAUCUGGCAUAUCCAUUUGUCUUCGUCGGAUCUCUGCCCAGUUACCGCAUUUGUCUGAUGGUCUUGAUGAUUGGGGUCCUUGUCGGCUCGAACCUCUUCAUCGCUCGCUAUCAGACGAUACGGAAGCCGAGGAGAUCCGAUCCCGACACUUCCAAGGCUUCCCCUCGGUUUCAGACGUCCGUGGAGUAUAUGGCUCAUUAUCUUCUUUACUGUCUUCCACUCAUUCAGGGUCUAGCCAUCGGUGGUCUGCAGCUCUGGGGCUGGGUACAGCUACUCCUGCUCGGCGGAUGCGAAGUGGCCAUUCUCGCCCAUCUCGCCCUUCAGCGACGGACGAAAGUUAUCCUUUCGAAAAGUGCCUGGUGUACUGCUGUCCGCUUGUUGACGCUCAUCCUGAGUGUUGCCUUUGUGUGCCCGUCUCGCGAGAUAACAAGGCAAUGGAUAGGCUAUUUCAUCUUGGUUCUUCAUGGUGCUGUAGUCGUGUUCGGCUUUUUGUUCAUCUCGCUUUGGCAUAUAGGACGGUUCGCCAUUAAAGGACCCGAUCGUAGGUUUGCCUGCGAUGGAUGGGCGCGUUCAAGUCCAGUUCCGCAUUUGAACCUAGCCGAGCUCCCAAGCCCAAGCGGCAAAAGCCGGAAACUAGACGGGAAACAUCUAGAGGUCAAUUCUUUCGACAGCAUCUCCGAUCGCUACCGUCCAGGUUCUUCGCGCAGAAUCUACAGAGGCUUUGAAGAUUGUCCAGAUAUGCCGAACUCUCCCACUUUGCUAGGAGCCACAGCGCCAUAUUCACCGAACGCUUCGGCGUUUUACAGACCCCCGCGAUCUCUCAAUGGCAGAGUCGCUCCUUAUGAGUACGAGAACAUUGACCCUGAUUCGAUCGGUUCAGCCAUCGAGCCACCCCAGUCGGCGCAGACAGAUUCCAGCUCGUCGCAACAUUCAAGCGACGCCUUCGACGAGCUGUUACAGUUGCCGAGCAAGUCGGGCGUCGACUAUUCAGUCCGUGAAUCGGAUUUGUAUUAUGGCCGGUGUCGUGAUGAUUCAGAGCCGUUACAAGAGUCUUCAAAUGAAAGCACGGACAAGGGCCAGUCGAGUCGACAGACAUUUUUGAAUUGGAAACGCAGUACAACCGAGCGGUUCAAACAGACGAAGGCAAAGGAGAAGAGUUUUCAAGUAAUGAGACCACCGCGGCCAAUGUAA